AUGAACCGCGAAGUGAUCGACUUGACGGCCACCGAUCCGGAACCUGCCUCCUCCAGCCACCGCAGGAUUGUCUACAGCGCCUGGAAGCAGCAAUUGCUCAAUUGCCUGAACGGCAUCGUCUCAUCUGGCGACUUCGCCGUCUCCCGCCGGUACCAAACGUUUGCGAGCCCCGGCCUGCGCAUUGCGGGGAGCGAGGCUGUGAUCCCCCUGCCGCUCACUGACCGCGACGCUGAAACGAUCCAAGGUGCCUGCAGGGAGGCACCCUUUGGGAGAGGAGACCAGACGCUUGUCGACAAGUCGGUGCGGAAGACCUGGGAGCUGGAUGCCACGCAGUUUGAGUGUACCAAUCCCAGUUGGCCGGCCUUCCUCAGUACGCUCUUGAACGAUGCGGCCGCCGGUCUGGGCCUGCCAGAUGUCAGCGCGAAGCCACACAAGCUUCUGCUCUACGAAAAGGGGUCGUUUUUCAAGAGGCACAAGGACUCUGAGAAGGAGGCCGGAAUGGUUGCCACGCUCGUCGUCUGCUUGCCGGGCAUACACAAGGGCGGAGACGUCCAUCUUUCGUUUGGACCUGAGCGGCGUGUCCUCGCGACAGCACCAGCUUCGGCCUUUGACGUCACGGCGCUCGCAUGGUACUCCGACGUGGAUCAUGAGGUCAAGCCAUUGGAGAGCGGUCAUCGACUGGCCCUCACCUACAACCUGUUCCAGUCCGGCAGCGCCAAGCAGUCCGCCCAGUUUCUCUUUGAGCGGUCACAGCAGCUGAAGGGCAUCAUAGGUAAAUGGCAAGCUCAUUUCCCCCAGGUGCCAAUGGUUGUCUACCCACUCGCCCACAAGUAUACCAAGUCCAGCCUGUCAUUGAGCAAUAUGAAAGGCCGUGAUCGCGCUGUCUGCCACAGUCUCAAAGAGGCAAGCACUGCUUGUGGGCUGUACCUCGUCCUGGCGCAUAUGACACAUACGGCGGAUGAAUUCGACUCUUAUUACACGACCGGCGAGGGCGAAACUCGUACGACCUUGGACAGCAUCUACUCGUGUGAAGGAGCGCAGAUAGGUUCAAGCGAUACAAUCGACGACCGUAUCAUUCUGGAUUCCGAUAUGUUCACGGAUCGCGAUGCCGACAGCCAAGACGAGGAAGAGUUCACGGGCAAUGAGAGCGCACCCAUCUCUCUCCGAUACCACGACACCGUAGCUGUGCUGAUUCCUCGGCACCGGAUAAGUCGGUUCUUGAGAUCAAAUGUCCAUCGAGCAAAUCGUUUUCAAGAAGUAGAGAACCUCGUGUCUAUGGUUAAGCAAGACUAUGAGGAGCACCGUGAGAGUCUUGGGGUCAAGUCGAGUACCCUCAAAGUCAUGACCGAGGCUCUUGCCGUCAGUUCCGGCUCUCCACAGCUAACAAUGGCUUGUACAAUUGCGAAAUGGGCUUUGGAGGCGAAAUAUGAAGACCUCUAUCAACAGGCCGUGUCAAUCGCUCUCUCCGGAAAGGUGCCCUCAAAGGAGCUGGUCGACGUCGUUUCUCGCCAUCUUGAUGAAGCCUUUGCCGAGAACCCGAAUGAAGUGGACUGGCAAAAAUGGCUUGGCCCGUUCCUACGCACUACCUCCCUGGUGGUCAGGGAUUCCACUACGAGGAUGUUCAUAGCCUGUCUCAAGACCAAACCACUGCAGGACUCACUGAGAGCCUGGGCUCAACCGCAGUUCGACUCGAAUCUAGAUACCCAGGAGCACUUCACAGUCGAUGAUCAUGACUAUUUUCUGUCCAACUUAGUCCCGCAGUAUAGCGGGGGCAUCGUGAAAGAUCUCUUUGGAAAGACUCUGAAAGCGGCCCGUUCACGGCUUGCAUUACAGACGCAAGACUUGAUUGCUUCGCAAUCAGCUUUUCCCUUUCCCUAUGCACCGAAGAAUCACGCGUCUAGGGUGGUUUCCCGAAACUUUACGACACUCAUCAAGCAAAGCUUGACAGUUGGUGCUUCUCAGGAGGCCCUUGAACUUGUGGAGCAUUGCUACGGAACUUUCAAUGCCGCAAAGUCGUCCUGGGAUCCAUCUCGAUUCCAUAAGGAGGGUAUCGUCGAAGAUUUACUCGUACCACUCGCUUCUGCAUUUGACUCUUGCAACGUCUCCCUCUCGCCGGGCGUCAGAGCAUUCUUUGAUCUCCUCAUACGGCAUAUUCUACAUAGCCAACCCCCUAGGUAUCCCGAGAGGAUGACUGGCUUGCGUCACAAGCGACGGGGGUGCGGCAGAUGUCAAGAUUGCGCUGCUAUGAAUGUCUUUUUGGAGUCCGAAGUCGAGAGAGUUUGGAACUUUCGCGCGGCAACGCAUAGACGGGCGCACAUCGAAGGUCAACUCCCAGCUUCCAUCUUCAGAUACCAAACAAUCGCGAGCGGAUCACCAUAUACACUUCGCGUGGAGAAGCUUGGCACAGAGUACCAAGAGGAAGUCAAAGAUUUCCGCAGCCGAUUCUUGGCUUAUGAUAGCAUGCUUGCUCCGUUGCGGGGAGCCGUCUUCCAAAGUAUUCUGGGCGAUGCGGCAUAUCGAGAGCUAGUUGAGCUUGAGCAUCUGAGAGGAAAGCUCCCGGCAACAGUCGCUGGGGUCAAGAGGCCUUCUCAAAGCAACGUCGCCGGGGACAGCGCUCGUCGAAGACUGUGA